AUGGUAACAUUUGAGCUUUCCCAUCGAGUAGCCACUGGCAAGCAACAAGCCAAACAACUGGCCAAAGGUCUCAAAACACUACACCGAACACUAAAAGACACGAACACAGAUGCCACCGUCCUUCAAGACCUCAAUCUCCAUGUAGCAAAAGCUCAAGAGCCAUCCUCUGAAGCAUUCCUCUUCAUCGAGAAGGAAGCAGAAAAUGCUCGCAAAAUCACAACCUUCAUCACCACCCACACAAUAUCAGAAGUGGUAGCACGGCUAGCCAAACAAGCUCACCUCUCUUCCAAAAGCUCUCUCGCCGUUUUGGUCCUCCGCUAUUACUUCUCUGGAUUCAAUGGCGAGAUCAACCGCAAGAAUCUAGAAACUAGACUCAAGGCAGCAGAAGAAGAAGAAGAAGUGGGCAGUCUUGGCGACUUCCCUUGGACAAGCAGCUUCGAGGAUGUGAUGGAGAAGUACAGAGGAAGAGUCGAGACACUUGCUGUGGAGAUGAUUGUUGAAGAGGUCAAAGGGAUGGUUGAGAGAGAAUAUGAGAUGAAAGACGAGUUCAAAGAUGUGUACCUCCCGUAUCUGUAUCAACGACCUGUGCUCUCAAGCGGCCGCAAACUUACAAAGGAGUAUGCCCUUUUGACAAUCACUCUAGCGACUGAUGCAGAAGAGAAAAGAGAACAAGGGUUCAAGAUAGCAGGGCCGCUGAACCCAUGGUUCAGUUUCCUUUCCGAGCCCGACCUCAUUUGCACCAGGGCACGCAAAAAGGUAAUGGGCCUGUGUCGCAUGUUUAGAGGGAGAUUUAUGGAUGAAGAAACGACAGUGAAUAAGAAAUGUUGA